AAAUGUGUGCAGCAAAAAUCCAUUUCAAGAUGUCAAACCCCGACACCGUUGGAUCGCCCAGUGUGCACUGGCUGGGCCCCCAGAUGUCAGAUGAGAUCUUGUUUUGGUGUUUUGCUAGUUCGCAAAUCAUCUAAUCAAUUUUCUACCCAAUAAUCAAUGAAAGUUGUCGAAAUUGCGAAACACACCGUGCUGUUCACGCCCAGCAGCAAACGCUGAAGCUGCUUUCGGUUUCGUCCGCCGUACGGCCCAAGGACGGGGCCCCGUUUCGGAACCUCCCCCGUGUGUGUGCACCCGAGUGUGCGUAUUCAGCGGAAGGAAGGAAGAAGAAGGAGCAAAAUCUGCAAAUGCAAAACAAGGCAAAUUAGGAAACCACGUAUUGCAUCGCGAUCGUCUUCCUGUCAUCCUGUCCUAUCUUGGAAGGAAGGAGGAAUCGUGUGUGGCAGUGUGAAAAUUGUUUGUGUUUUGCUGCGGGAAGCUGUAUCGCUAUAGUUGGAUUAAAUAUCGUGCCCAACCACCUUCUUCCCCACUCCCCCGCGGGUGACGGGCUCAUGGUUUGCAUAAUAUGAACGCAAUGUGUGGUGUCUGUGUGUUGUGUUCGUGCAUGGCGUGCAGUUGCUGUGAGCAAAAUUGAGAGCUAAUCAAAACAUCGAAAGAUACACAAAACCCUCCCAACCCCCCCACCCCGAUCGUCUGGACCACCAUCAUGCACUGGGUCGUCAAUCUGGACGGUGGGCCGCGGCGCGUCAACCAUGCGUCCGUGGUGGUGGGCGAAUUCAUCUACUCCUUCGGUGGGUACUGCACCGGGGAGGACUACCACUCGAACAGCGCAAUCGACGUGCACGUGCUGAACACGCACAACAUGCGUUGGGCCCCGAUCCCGGCGGUGGAGGACGAGAACGGGGUGCCGUGCAAGUACCCGGAGGUGCCGUUCCAGCGGUACGGCCACACGGCCGUCGCCUUCGAGCACAAGAUAUAUCUGUGGGGCGGCCGCAACGAUGAGAUUGUGUGUGACAUACUCUUCUGCUUCGAUGCGCGAACGCGCAAGUGGAGCAGACCGUCGGUGACGGGCACGGUGCCGGGUGCGCGGGACGGCCACUCGGCCUGCAUCUACGCCGAGCGGAUGUACAUUUUCGGCGGGUUCGAGGAAAGCAUCGACAAGUUUUCGUGCGACGUCUACUAUCUGGAUCUGCGCACGAUGCACUGGACGUACGUGAACACGCUCGGGGAGCCGCCCUCGUAUCGGGACUUUCACUCGGCCACCGUGCUGAACCACCGGAUGUACAUCUUCGGGGGGCGCAGCGAUGCGGUCGCACCGUACCACUCGCAGGAAGAAAUCUACUGCCCUAACAUUAAGUUUCUCGACCUGAAGGCGGACCGGUGGUACACACCGAAAACUACCGGCGAAAUCCCCGUCGGUCGAAGAAGUCAUUCUGCAUUUAUUUAUAAUAACAAAAUCUACAUCUUUGCGGGCUACAAUGGCAAUAUAGACAAACACUUCAAUGAUCUCUACUGUUUCGAUCCGGAUCGGAACGUCUGGCGACAGGUUACGCCCCAGGGUCAAGCACCACGUGCUAGACGGCGUCAGUCGUGCCUGGUCAUUGGCAAACGAAUGUAUCUUUUCGGCGGCACCUGCCCAACACACAAUGGUGACCCCUCAUCGUUUGACUAUAGCGACACGCACGUGCUAGACUUUGAGCCGAGCCUGUGUACAUUGGCCAUCCUUAAAGUUCUGGAGUACAAGCUCGACAUUUCGGUUUUACCUCAGGAUAUCAGAAUCGAAAUACGGAACAUGUCUACGCCAAACAAAAUCGGUCGAUCGCUGAACAAGGGUUGAACGAUCACCAUCACGCGUACAAAAGAUGGGCCCCACCGCCCGCGAGACACACACAUAUACACACACAUGUAUGAAGAGAGUAACACACCUGUUUUGGUUGGUUCCGUUUUGUUUUGUUUGUUUGAAAUUACCAUCAAGUCAUUAUGGGGAAAACAAUUGUGCAGCAUAAAUUAUAAGUGAAUUUAUUUCAGGUAAAAUACAUUUUGUUGAACGUG